AUGUAUCUCCGCGCCGUGCACGCCGAGGGCCAAAUCCCCAUCCUCCACCAAUUCCUCCGCGACAACCCCCUCGGCAUCCUGACAACAGCAAUUAAAUCACCCAGCUACCCUUUCAUCCAAUCCAGCCACAUCCCCUUUGUCCUCGACGUACCCCCAUCCAGCGAUGAAACCCCCGGCACACUCCGCGGCCACAUCGCAAAACAGAACCCACAAGCCAAAGCGCUGAUGGAAGCGCUUGCCGAGCAGCAAGCCGCUGGAAACCCCAAGCUCGAGCUCAACGACGAAGUGCUGAUCCUCUUCAACGGGCCGCACCACCACUACGUCACGCCCAAGUUCUACACGGAAACCAAGCCGGUCUCUGGCAAGGUUGUCCCGACGUGGAAUUACUCGGCCGUGCAGGCGUACGGCAAGAUCAGCGUGUACUGUAACAGCAAGGCGGAAGAGACGGGGGCGUUCUUGCAGACACAGAUUGAGGAUUUGUCGCGGCAGUCGGAGACGGGGAUUAUGGGGUAUACUGGAGGCGAGAAGAAGAGUGCUUGGAAUGUGGGGGAGGCGCCGGUUAGUUAUGUGGAGUUGUUGAAGAAGAAUAUUAUUGGGAUUGAGGUGAGGAUUGAGCGGUUGCAGGGGAAGUUUAAGAUGAGUCAGGAGAUGGGGGAGGGGGAUCGAGAGGGGGUUGUGAGAGGCUUUGAAGAGUUGGGAUCGGAUGUUGGGAAGGGGAUUGCUGAGACUGUUAGGGAGAGUGGGCAGAAGGCUCGUUGA